AUGAAAAAUAGACACACACCUUGCACUGAAUGUAGAAAGCAACGUCGUAAAUGCAUACAGAUCAGUCCAGAUCAACCCUGUUCGAGAUGUCAAAAAUUGGAUAAAGUAUGCGCAAGACCAGAGAGUUGCGCACUAGAUCCAAACAAUGAAGUUGAAUGCCUAAAUCAGCAGGUAAACGAGCUAAAUCAAGCAAUUCAGAGGAUGGAGCAUGAAUUAAAGGCACUGGAAACAAAAACUCCUUCAUACAUCAAAAACGACACAGUGACCUUACCACGAUCUACAAUCGAGAACCUGUUCUAUAACUGGAAAGUCAAAAUCAAUAAUGGAUAUUUCACUAUUGAUACAGGCAUAAAGUACAUUAGUGACCUAUUACCACACCACACAUCAAUUGAAUAUCUAUCACCCAUGACCAGCUACAGUAGCAGCUCAAGUGAAGACAGUUGGUCUGACGGAGGCAAUAUUCUGAUAAGAUUCAAAUCACAAGAGUAUGGAGGCUUUUAUGGAUUAACAGGGAAAAUGUUGACGAAAUGGAUAAAGAAGAGGAUGCUUGGCCAACAAGCAUUGUUAAUCAAUCACAUCCCAUGUGGCUCACGUAUACUGCUUGAUAAACUUGUUGACAUAUAUUUCAAUUGCCAUAACGUCUACUGCGGAUGGCUGCAUGAAUCAUCAUUCAGGAAACGAUACAGCCAGUUGAAGGAGCCUCUAGAUGACUUGAUCUGUGCUUCUUUAUGCUGUUAUGUUUGCGCAACGCCCUGCGAUCAUCUCGACUUUAAUGCCUAUCAGCGAAGGGAUAUGUGCGACUACUUUUAUCUAAAGGCUAAAGAGAAGUUGCUCGAUCAGUUUGACGAUCCUGAUAAACGGUUAGAAAAUGUGAUUGCGAUCAAUAUGCUAUUUUCGUAUAUGCAUAUGACAUUGAAGUUAAUAGAAUAUGACGCUUACGUGACCAUGGGCUAUCAGAUCUGCCUUGAUCUGCGGUCCGAGUACGAAGCAGCCAAGAUUCAAACCGGUAUUGACUAUGCUCUCUUUGCCCGUCAUUUUUCAGUAGCUUACUGUCUUCGCAUGACACUCGAUUGUGUUGUCAACAAGCCGAUCACCCGACAGCCUAUCCCCUUUCCAGUUAUGAAUACGCUUCCAGACGAGCUUGAAGAAACAAAGGAUUUCAUUCGCGUCAUGGCGUGGGUAAAUAAUUUAUAUGAAGAACCAUUUGUAGAUAUGCUGAUGGAACAAAUACAUCUUAUUUUAAUCGGGAGUACAUGCACCAUGAGCUUUGAAACUGUCGCCAGAAUGGACCAGUUUUUGUUCGAUUUUGGAAAAAAUAUUCCUAGUGAGUGGCGAUUAUGCGAUAAUGUCUUUGAUGAAGCAAAGUGUAAAAAGGCUUUAGAUCAAACAACAAAUCCUAUUGCUAUUCAUGCCUUUCUGCAUUUUGCAGUGCUCAUUGUCAUACUAUACGUUACAAUUUUGCAACCAGUACCUGUGAAUGAUGAGAACGAUUUUCUAUUACAACAUAUUCAACGGAAUGCUCUAGAAAAGUCGCUAAAAAUGUCACGGCUACUGAUUUAUGGGAUCCAAAGACUGUUUAAAUUCAAGACAUUAUCACAUUGUCAUGUCAAGUUAACCUCAAUGAUCAUCGUACUUUAUUUAGUUGACCCUAUCGUCCUACAGUGCUCUUCUCCUAUCAAGAGCAGUGUUUUAGAGGCGCGGAAGAUGUUUCAAAAAUGUCUUGACAUUAUCUGUAACUUUCGUGGAAUUCAACUCGAAGAUACUCCUCCUCAGUUGUUGGCUGAGAAAAAAGACAUUAAAGACUUUAUUCACAAUGGAAAUGUGGAUAUUGACUACUACGACCGCUUUCCAGACCCUUGGUGUGCAUUACUGCAUGAUGUAUCUCAAUUUUUCUUAAGGUAA